AUAUUUUACAAAUUGGAAAAAAUCAAAAGAAGAAGAAUAUUUUGUGAUAUGUGAUUCAGAUACCAGUGUCCAUACAAGAAGUUUUAUUGGAACACGGCCAUGGCCACUCAGUUACAUAGUGUCCAUGGAUGCUUUGCCAUACAAGGGCAGAGUUGAGUAGUUAUGACAGGGGCAGGUGGCCCACAGAGGUGAAAAUCGUUACUCUCUAGCCUUGUCUGGCAGAUCCCUGCUCUAGCCUCUGGCUUCCUGGAAUCAGGAAAUUAAAUGGAAAGCCUUGAUUAAUUUAGCUUCAGGCAUCUUGGCAUGGGGGCUUCAGCGCUGCUAGCUGCACACCUGGCUGUCCCACUUUUAGGGACGGUGAGAUUGAUGGGGCCUUCAGGUAGUGUUUACAGACUUAACGUUUGUCCCCAACCCCACCCGAAAUCUUAUAUCUCCAAUAUGACUAUCUGGAGAUAGGACCUUUCCCGAAGUAAUUAGUGUUAAAUGAGGUCAUAAGAGUGGGGUCCUAAUCCAUGGGGUUGGUGUCCUUAGAAGAGCAGGAGAUACCAGAGAGCAAGCACUCUCUCCGCCCUGUGAGGACACAGCCAGAAGGUGGCCAGCCAUCUGCAAGCCAGGAGGAGAGGCCUCACCAAAACCCAGCCAGGGUGGCGCCCUGAUCUCAGACUCCUGGCCUCCAGAACUGUGAGAAAAUCAUCGUCUGUUGUCUUUCCCGUCAGAUCAGAUCGGGGGCCAGAAAGGUCCAGUCCUCUCUGCGUGGGCCCCCUCUGGUCACACAGCCCUGCAGCUGCCCCUUCCUUACCCCCCAGGAUGACACGCCACGGCAAGAACUGCACAGCGGGGGCCGUCUACACCUACCAUGAGAAGAAGAAGGACACAGCGGCCUCAGGCUACGGCACCCAGAACAUUCGACUGAGCCGGGAUGCCGUCAAGGACUUCGAUUGCUGCUGCCUCUCUCUGCAGCCGUGCCACGACCCUGUUGUUACCCCCGAUGGCUACCUGUAUGAGCGGGAGGCAAUCCUAGAGUACAUUUUGCACCAGAAGAAGGAGAUCGCCCGGCAGAUGAAGGCCUACGAGAAGCAGCGGGGCGCCCGGCGUGAGGAGCAGAAGGGGCUGCGGCGGGCGGCCGCGCAGGACCAGGUGCGGGGCUUCCUGGAGAAGGAGGCGGCCAUCGUGAGCCGGCCCCUCAACCCCUUCACGCCCAAGGCCGCCUCCGGGGACUGCCCAGAUGAUGCCAGACCCGGGUCCAGUGCGGGCCCCACAGGCAAGGACAAGGACAAAGCGCUGCCCAGCUUCUGGAUCCCAUCGCUGACCCCCGAGGCCAAGGCCACCAAGCUGGAGAAGCCGUCGCGCGUUGUGACCUGCCCCAUGUCCGGGAAGCCGCUGCGCAUGUCCGACCUGACGCCCGUGCGCUUCACGCCGCUUGACAGCUCCGUGGACCGCGUGGGGCUCAUCACACGCAGCGAGCGCUACGUGUGUGCCGUGACCCGCGACAGCCUGAGCAACGCCACACCGUGCGCCGUCCUGCGGCCCUCUGGGGCCGUGGUCACCGUGGAGUGCGUGGAGAAGCUGAUUCGCAAGGACAUGGUGGACCCCGUGACCGGAGAGAAGCUCACGGACCGCGACAUCAUCGUGCUGCAGCGGGGCGGCACGGGCUUCGCGGGCUCCGGAGUGAAGCUGCAGGCCGAGAAGUCCCGGCCGGUGAUGCAGGCCUGAGCGCGCGGUAAACCAAAUAAAUGGGCUUGUUGGACGCAACAGGCCGUGUGGCGCCGUCAUUCACCGCACCAGAGCCCGGUGACAGCGUGAGCUCAGGAAUGACUGCGCUUUGAAAGCGUGGGCUAAAAAUAUUUGAUUGUGGUCUCACGUUAAGAGUAAUAUCUGAAUCGAAUGCAAACGCACAGCUUUAAAUGGGUUGAGUGGCCAGAGGUCGGAGUCUGGGCCGCGACCACAGGAGGGCGCCACUUUAACGGACUGUAGAAAUCCCCGCACUUUCUUUUGAGUUAAACCAAAUUUGAAGCCCAGGAGGCGACCCGGAACGCGGCGUCUCCCGUGGUAAAGUUGGAUAAGACACGCAAAGGAAAUGAAGUGCUAUGUGUGACUGAGAAAGCGAACAGCCGGCACCCUGUCUAGAGAAGGCAGUCAGGAACACUCCCUCCCCCACCACCUGGAGGGUGAAGAGGAAGAGGAAACCGCAAGUGCAAAGUCCCGGAGGCAGCACUUGGCAGGUGUGACGAGGGAGGAGUUCAGAGCACCCAGGCCUAGUGGACCUGCCUGGAGCUCAGACUUGACUAGGAGGGCAGGGGUGGGCUUUAAAGCUAUGUUUUUAAUAACCAUUGAAUCACAAAAGCAGACCCUGUGCAGUGUGGAGAACCAGAGCAUACAGUCAAGCAAAGAUUGCAAAAAUAAGGUCUUAAAAGUCCUGA